AUGGCGGCCAUGGCUAACUUAGCAAAUACCACAGAAGCUAACGCUGCUGCGACUCUGCAAGUUGUGCAGAGAUUGGGCCAACCCGCCGAAAACAGAAACGGGAAUGGCAAAGGGAAUGCUAAUGACAAUGCUGAGGGAAACGGCGAUAACACGGGUGGUGUUCCGAUGACCUUGGUGAUGUUCCUCAAGAUUUAUCCGCUAACUUUCCGAGGAUCAACUAAUCCUACUGAAGUGGACAACUGGUUCCGGGCUAUGGAGCGUGCUUUACAGGUGCAGCAUGUUCCCAUCAAUCAAUAUGUCGAGUUUGCCGCUUAUCAGCUAGCGGGAGAGGCCCAGCCCUGGUGGCAAGCAAAGUGUCGCUUGCUACAGCUUCAGAAUGCCGAUAUUCCAUGGGAGGUGUUCCAAACGGCCUUCUACAAGAAAUACUUCCCUGAGUCUGCAAGGGAAGGAAAGGAGAUGGAACUAAUGCAGCUGAAGCAAGGUUCCAUGUCUGUGGCAGAUUACACCAACAAGUUUGAGGAACUCUAUAGGUUUUCUAGGGUAUGUCAGGGUGCCCCAGAGGCUUAUGAGAGUUGGAAGUGUAUUACAUACCAAAGGGGGCUGCAGGACAAUAUUAUGACUAUUGUGGCUCCUAUAGAGAUCCGUGUCUUCUCCGACUUGGUGAAUAAGGCAAGAGUGGUUGAGGAGUAUGCCAAGACCGUGGCGGCAUCCAAGGACACUCAUGGAGGGAGCUCUAGUCGAGGGCGUGGCAAGUAUUUUCAUCCCAGAGGACAAAGCUUCAAGAGAGGAGGAUAUGCGCCUCAAAGCCUAGGAGGCAUCAGAAAGAACACCCAUGAUCAGAUUCAGCGUGGCAAAGGGAGAGGAAAUCAGAGUGGGUGCUCCAACUGUGGCUUGCCUGGUCAUUUUGCGAGGGAUUGCACACGUGAGAAGAACCCAAGUGUGGGUCAGAGUCAGCACCAGGGGCGAGUUUUUGCUGUGAAUGCCAAGGAUGCUUCCAAGGGGGAUCCGUUGAUGAGAGGUAUAUGUUUAAUUGGUGAUAAGACUUUAGUUGCAUUGUAUGAUACUGGAGCAUCUCAUUCAUUUAUUUCAUUUGCUAAGGUUGAGAAAUUAGUCUUGAAAGUGUCAGAGUUACCAUUUGAUCUGCAUGUAUAUACUCCGCAUCAGACAGUUAUGACUAGGUCAGAGUGUAGGCAAAAUCGGGUUUUGUUGGAUUGCUUUGAGCGGUCAAUUCGGUUUAUGCUGGAUGGAGAAAAUGGAGCAGUGGUAGCUACGGGGUAUUACCUGAACUCUGUAAUAGUGCAUUGUAGUGGGAAGGAGUGUCAGAGUUAUAUUCUGUUGGUUGCUAAUGCGUUAGGUGAUGCUCAGAACUUAGAUCAGAUUCUGGUGGUUAGAGAUUUUUUGGAAGUGUUCCCGGAAGAUAUCCCUGAGUUCCCACCUCAAAGGGAGAUUGAAUUUGCGAUUGAAUUGGUGCCAGGAGCCGGACCAGUGUCAAUUGCGUCAUAUAGAAUGGCUCCAAUAGAGCUGGCAGAAUUAAAGACUCAAGUGUUCCGUCCCUUUUUGGACAAAUUCGGGGUGGUUUUCAUAGAUGACAUCUUGGUUUACUCUAAGACGGCAAAAGAGCAUGAAGAACACUUGAGUAUUAUGUUGCAAAUCCUAAAGGAGCGAAAGUUGUAUGCUAAGUUGUCAAAGUGCGAGUUCUUAAAGGAGGAAGUAAAGUUCUUAGGUCACGUGGUAAGCAAAGGAGGGAUAGCUAUGGAUCCUUCUAAGGUAGAAGCGAUGAUGGAAUGGGAAAGACCGACAACGGUGAUGAAAGUCAGAAGCUUCUUGGGUUUAGCUGGAUAUUACCGGAGAUUUAUCGAAGGAUUUUCCCGGAUUGCACUACCAAUGACGAAGUUGACAAGGAAAGAAACGCUUUUUGUGUGGACGUCAGAGUGUGAAGAGAGUUUUCAGACUUUCAAGCAGAGGUUAACUUCAGCUCCUGCGAAUGUGGUAGCAGACGCAUUGAGUCAGAAAUCUUUAACAAUUGCUUGGAUGAGGAUUAAGGAAGAGGAGCUAGUAGAUAAGUUUGUGGAUCUUAAGCUGGGUAUUGGUGAAGUUGCUAGAAGGGCUUGUUUAAACCAGCUACAAAUCUCAAGCACGUUUAAAUCAGAGAUACAAAGGGCUCAGCAAGAUGAGCAGAAGCUUCAGCAAUUGUUUAAAGCAGUUGGUGAUAAGAGGCGUGGAGAACUCACUAGGGAUGGUGAAGGAUUAUGGAGCAAGGGAAGAAUUUGCAUACCGGAUGUCGGGAGUUUGAGGCAAGACUUAUUGUCAGAAGCUCAUAACAGUGGGCUUUCCAUUCAUCCCAGAAGCACAAAGAUGUAUUAUGACUUGAAGAGGAUGUUCUGGUGGCCGGGGAUGAAGGGUGAUGUAGCAACAGUAGUAUCCAAGUGUUUAACUUGCCAGAAGGUGAAGAUAGAGCACCAGAAACCAUCGGGGAUGUUAUAG